CUGCUAGGUAGUGGUAAGAAUAAUAUUUAUCGUUUGCAGUAUUUAAAAAUGUGUAUGCUGCAUUGAACUGAGUAUUUCCCUUGUUUCCAAGUAAAAUAUGUUUUUCUUUAGGAAAAAUAUAUACCACCUUUCCUGAAAUCUACAAGAAUUUUGAGUUUUGUGAGUUUUCUUAUCACAUUUACAGCACAAUCUUAGGCUGAGUUACUUCAGUCCAGCUCGAAUUAAAAUCCGUGGGUCUUUAGACUGGAGUAACUCUUUGUAAGGUUGCACUGUGAAUAACGACAUUUUGACAUUUCAUUGAGAGAGCAGUCCUACUGAGGUCUACUUAGAAUCUUGCUCAGAUUUCACUGAGAAUAUCUUUAGAAUUGCACCUUCAGUGACCUUAUACAGUAUAAAUGGAGAAUUUUUACAUUGGAUAUUACUGAGGAAGUGGUAUCCAAAUAAUGUUUUCUGAUCCUGGGAUACAGAGGCAGAGUGAGGGGGAACUGUGCCGGAGCGCACACGUGCCCUGCGCCCCUGCUGCAACACCCCUGCCCCGGAAUGCCACACCCCUUCUUCUGCUCUUCCCGGGGCAUUGUGCUCCACCCGGUCCCGUUGGCACUACGCCACUGCUGUUGCAUUUUGUUGCAUGUUCAUGCUGCCAAGAUGCAAUGGAUCAACUGGAGCAAAGAGUAAAUGAAUUUUUUAUGAAUGCAAAGAAAAACAAACCGGAAUGGAGAGAAGAACAAAUGACUUCAAUCAAAAAGGAUUAUUAUAAAGCGCUGGAAGAUGCUGAUGAAAAAGUGCAGUUGGCCAAUCAAAUUUAUGAAUUAGUAGAUCGUCAUUUAAGAAAAUUGGACCAGGAAUUAGCCAAAUUUAAAAUGGAACUUGAGGCAGAUAAUGCUGGGAUUACAGAAAUAUUGGAAAGGCGUUCUUUGGAACUGGAUACACCAUCACAACCAUUGAAUAAUCAUCAUGCUCAUUCACACACUCCGGUAGAGAAAAGGAAGCAUAAUCCCUCAUCUCACCAUGCAACAGCAGAUCAUGUCCCUGAAAAGAAGUUUAAGUCUGAAGCCCUUCUGUCAACUCUCACUUCAGAUGUCUCUAAAGAAAAUGCAGCAGGGUGUCGAAACAGUAAUUCAUCAUCCUCAUCCAACAGUGCAUAUAAUGCAAAUUCUUCUCAGCCAUUGGCAUCGUAUAACCUGGGCUCAUUAUCUUCAGGAGCGGGAGCUGGUGCUAUUACCAUGGCAGCAGCUCAGGCAGUGCAAGCCACAGCUCAGAUGAAGGAAGGAAGAAGAACGUCUAGUCUAAAAGCAAGUUAUGAAGCCUUUAAGAACAAUGAUUUCCAACUUGGAAGAGAAUUUUCAUUAUCCAGAGAUGCAGCUGGGUAUUCGUCAUCUGCUUUGGCAUCUACAUUAUCACAGACAUUGAGUUCUUCAACCACAGAUUCUCGAAGUGGCCGAAAAAGCAAAAACAAUAACAAAUCUUCAAGUCAGCAGUCCUCAUCGUCUUCCUCGUCUUCCUCUUUGUCGUCAUGUUCUUCAUCCUCUGCUCUAGCACAGGAACUCUCCCAGCAAACGGCAGUAAUACCUGAGUCUGAAACUAAUAGCCAAGUUGAUUGGACAUAUGAUCCUAAUGAGCCACGUUACUGUAUUUGCAAUCAGGUUUCCUAUGGUGAAAUGGUGGGCUGUGAUAACCAAGAUUGUCCUAUCGAAUGGUUCCAUUAUGGCUGUGUUGGAUUGACAGAGGCACCCAAGGGGAAAUGGUACUGUCCACAGUGUACAGCUGCAAUGAAGAGGAGAGGCAAUAGGCAUAAAUAAAUGUCCUGAUCCAUGUCAGUGGAAAACAUUGUGCUACAGGGGUGGGGGUGGAACGCUUCUUUGCAAAUGGUCAAAGAAGGAUCAAUUUAGCUGUCAUAAAAUGUUGACUUAAUUUUGCUAGUUGUGUUUUAAUAUUGUAUCUAAAUUAUAUAUGCACUACUGUUGUGUUAUAAAUACUUUUCCAGUUAGCCAUGGAUUGUUCCAGUGGCAAACAUAUGCAGACAUUUGUACUCUUCAACCAUUUUCUCGUAAGCAGCGGGCAUUCUACAAUCAUUCAGUCUUCAAACAAAUUCCGGCCAACGAAGGUUUUGAAGGAUUUUGUAAUUUACCUGGCGUUCUGUAGCGCGUUCUGUACAUGAGAGCUGUGCAGAAAGUCAGAAUGUUAAGAGAAGGGAUUUUUUCUAAAUGCCUUUAUAGCUUUGUUUCUUGUUGAAACUUAAAUUCAGCAGGCUGAAGAAAAUGGUUCUUGUAUACACUGGGCUGGUGUCCUCUAGAGUACCUGGUACAUAAGAAUCAGACAGACUCUUCUACACUUUAAGCAAAACAGAUGGAAAAAGUACCACUAGUCUUAAUAUGUUUUGGGGCCAUUCAGGGCAUAGAUCAUUACAAGGGUGUUAAAAGUGAUAAAACCUUUUAUACCAAAUGUGUUUAUUUUUUUGUGCAAGUGAUCCUUUAAAUUGGAACUUAGUAGGUGUUACAAUUAAAAAAAUCAAAUGCUAAUAUCAAUGCUUUGCAUACUUUAUCAAAAAAAAGUACAGUAAAACAUUUCAUGGAGCUUUCAUAAUAUGCUGUCUAAUUAACUGGAGGAUUUUAAAUAGUUUUUAUUUUUUUAAAAAAAUAUAUAAAUAAAAGGUUUCCAUCUCUAAUAUACUAA